AUGACUGAGUGCUCCGCGGAGCCUCCCCCCUGCCCCGGGGCCCGCCGCCGGCGGCUUCUCUUGUCUCUGCCCAGUGUGUUUCCAGGACGGACCCGAGCAGUUCCAGAGCCAUCGGUUCCCUCUCCACCCCCGUCUCCCCCUCCUCCGCCAGCAGUGCCGGCCUGUGCUCCGCAGCCCCCGUCUUCCCCAGGAGGCCAGGACUCGCUCCUCGAGUGCCCGCUGUGCCUGGUACGGCAGCCCCCCGAGGAGCUGCCCGAGUUGCUGAGCUGCCGGCAUCGCUCCUGCCUGCGCUGUUUGCGCCAGUAUCUCCGCAUCGAGAUUACCGAGAGCCGGGUGAACCUGCGGUGUCCGGAGUGCGCGGAGCGGCUCAGCCCUCAGCAUGUGCGGGCCAUCCUGCGGGACCCCCAGCUCACCCGCAAGUACGAGGAGUUCCUGCUGCGCCGCUGCCUGGCAGCUGACCCGGACUGCAGGUGGUGCCCUGCCCCAGACUGCGGGUACGCAGUUAUUGCCUAUGGUUGUGCCAGCUGCCCCAGGCUGGUUUGUGAGAGAGAAGGCUGCCAAACAGAAUUUUGUUACCACUGCAAACAUGUGUGGCACCCAAAUCAAACAUGUGACAUGGCCCGCCAGCAGCGGGCACCUUUAUUUGGUGUGCGCCGGAAGCACCCCUCGGGCAUCAGCUAUGGUCAGGAAUCCGGUUCAGCUGACGACAUGAAAUCUUGCCCCAGAUGUAGUGCUUACAUCAUCAAGAUGAAUGAUGGGAGUUGUAAUCACAUGACCUGUGCCGUUUGUGGCUGUGAAUUCUGCUGGCUGUGUAUGAAGGAGAUCUCUGAUCUACACUACCUCAGCCCCUCAGGUUGCACAUUUUGGGGUAAAAAGCCAUGGAGCAAGAAGAAGAAAAUUAUUUGGCAAUUAGGAACACUGAUUGGUGCUCCAGUGGGCAUAUCCCUGAUCGCUGGCAUUGCCAUUCCUGCCAUGGUCAUAGGGAUUCCAGUUUACGUCGGGAGAAAGAUCCAUGGCCGCUUUGAGAACAAAAAGACCUCCAAGCACAAGAAAAAUUUGGCUGUGACCGGAGGAGUUAUCUUAUCCGUUAUUGCAUCUCCUGUGGUGGCAGCAGUCAGUGUUGGCAUUGGUGUUCCCAUUAUGCUAGCUUAUGUGUAUGGAGUGGUGCCAGUUUCCUUAUGUCGUGGCGGAGGAUGUGGCGUUAGCACGGCUAAUGGAAAAGGGGUCAAAAUUGACUUUGAGGAAGAUGGGCCCAUCACAGUGGCAGAUGCCUGGCGAGCACUGAAAAACCCAAGUAUUGGGGAAAGCAGCAUGGAGGGCCUUACUAGUGUCCUGAGCACCAGUGGAAGCCCCACCGAUGGACUUAGUGUUCUACAAGGAAACUACAGUGAAACUGCCAGCUUUGCAGCUCUCUCUGGCGGUACUUUAACUGGUGGGACAUUAACUGGUGGAAUGCUGAGUGGAGGCAGAGCCAAGUACUGCAGGCUGGAGGUCCAGGCGGAUGUACAGAAAGAUACAUGCCAAAAAGACUCUGUCAGCCUUGGAGCUGCAAGUGAUAGUGCCAGCACUAGGGCAAUGGCUGGCUCAAUCAUAAGUUCUUACAACCCACAAGAAAGGGAGGUCAAUAAUCUGGAAAUCCAAGUACAUAUAGAAGCCAAGCCUUCUCGAUACCAGCUGAUGAGUGAAAGCAGCACAGAAGAAUCUUUGCACCCUGGCGCCCCUCUUGUAGAGGGGGAGGAAGACUAUGCUUGCAGGGGCCAACUGGCCACCCGGGACAUAACUUUAGCACAACCUGAGAGCAUCCGUAGUGACCUGGAAAGUUCUGAUGCUCAGUCUGAUGAUGUGCCUGACCUAGCAUCAGAGGAGUAUGAUUCUCCCCAUCUACUUCCGCCAUCUCCUCCUGAACAGCGUCACGAGAGCCCUCCACCUCGCAUGUGUGCACAGCAAGAAGGUCUGUGCACCCGCGAGGAAGUCCUCUCUAAACUGGAAUUUAUAGAGGUGAGAGUGUGAAGGGAGCUGCUUUACCAUCCUCUGAUUUUUGUAGUUUUAUCAUUUCUCCCAUAAAAGGCUUACAACCUACAUAUGUGUAUGUGUAUAUAUAAUAUAUUCAUAUGGAGGUGUGAAGGAGCCUAUGGGAUGGUUCUCAUUCUGCCGUUGGUAGAGGGCCACAGCCCUGCCAUAUGCCACAAAUGCUUUGUCUUGGACCUUUAUAUUCCACUGUUCUGCCUGUCACUGUGAAAGGCCUGUGUCUCGCUCCUGUAAAUUUCUUUAAUUUAUUGACUUUGAAUGGAUGUAUAGAGAAUUUAUUUGGUUCUGUGGAACGUUAAAAGGGAUUUGGUGAAUCAGAUUUUUUUUUUUUUCCUUUGUAAGGAAUUGUCGAUGAAUGAAUUAAAAAUUCCUGAUUUUAUUCUGGAGAUGUUUUACUGUAGGACCUGAUGCGCUUGUCUAAUAAACUGACUGCGAAA